CCACAAUUUCAGAUCAGUACCAUGGUUCAAGGCACUCGACGGACGCACACAAAGAACCUGGCGAAGCGAAGGAAGCGGCGGCUGUAUGCACAACUACAAGCGGAGCUUCAAGUACAUGAAAGCCCCGAAGAGCUUGAACGGGUGGCCAUGGAAGAGGAAGAGGCACGACAGGUGUGUCACGACUUGUGGGUGCGUGCGACGGCAAAUGCCGAUGCCGCGUUCAAGAAGAAGCAACGCAUCUUGGAGGAAAGGAAACGACUCAUGGACGACAUCAAACAACAGAUGGAGCAGGAAACAUUGGAGAAGGAGAUGCAUGAUCAGGAAGUGCGACAAGCAACGGCCCGAGCACGAGACACCCAACGAGUGAUGGAGCUCAAAGCGUGGACUGAAAACUUAGACAGUAUGUCGGACGAGCAGAAAGCAAAAGUGUUGUGUAGCUUUCACGUCCGCACUGGAGUGUGCCGCUUCGGCGAUCGAUGCAGUCGCGUCCAUGCUCCUCCAAGUUCGUCCACCGCAGGUCGAUUCAUCUUGUUUCCGGGCAUGCACACAAUCGGCAUCCCAUCGCACCGCGAUGGCGACGACCAUCUCGAGCUGGACGAGCGCGAAAUACGGCGGGCCUACCGAGUCUUUUACACGGACGUGCUGCAAGAAUUCCUCAAGUUUGGACACCUCGUGCAGCUACAUACAUGCGGCAACUCUGCGCCGCAUUUGCGAGGCAAUGUAUACGUCGAAUACCAAACGGCCGCGAUGGCAUGUGCUGCCCACACCGCCCUCUACGGGCGAUGGUAUGCUGGAAAGCAGCUGUUGCCUGAACUCACGCCCAUGACCAGCUGGGCCGACGCCAUUUGCGGACUGUUUGCGCGGCGGCGAUGUGUGCGAGGCGGGGACUGCAAUUUCCUGCAUCCGUUAGCCAAUCCAGUCGAACGGAGCCCACCGACACUGCGGUAUCGAUCUCCGUCUGCCUCAGUACAAGCAAAACCCGAGGUUCAAGCAGCAACGCACGACCAAGUCCCACGCAGCAAACGUCGACAGCGUUCGAGUUCCGAUGAUUCUGACGACAAACGACAUUGUCGCAGACGACCCCGCUACUCGAGACGUCGCUCUCGGUCAAGUGACCGCAAACAGUCGAGAAAAACGGAUGGUCAUCAUGGCAGCAGGAACCACCGGGACGACCAGAGAACCACCGAUCGAAGCAGUCGUCGAGAGCGACGGUAGAGAGAAAAAUGAUAUAAUGAUAUGGGGUUUGUUGUUAUCAAGGACACAAGAGGAGGCCAGCCAUGUACGCCAAGACGGCAAUCGCGCCUGGCUUGGACACGGCCAAGUUGAGUUCAGAGCAAUGGGGCGAGUGGAUGCACCGAGGACAGCCGUCCACACAGUCGCACGUGUCGACGAUGGACUUUGCACACGCGACGAUCUACCAAGACAAUCAACCAAAAAUAUCGUCAGUUCGAAGGCAAAGGAGUAGGUAG